AAUUGAAAUUUUAGCUGCUUGAUAGUAUUAUUCCGUUACAACAGGAAGCAUAGCAAGACAGGGCACGGUAGCCACUAGCCGCAAAUAAUUUGCAUUGAGGCAGGAUCAAACAUGGCAGUAACAUCAGUAGCACAAAAGUGAGCAGAAAUAAUAACACGAAGAAGACAAAAGGAAUAACCAUUUUAACGGCUGUAGUGAAUCGCAGGAGCAAUAAGCGGGAAACAAGGCAGUGUUUGUUUGACUAAAACCCCGACAAACUUACCUUAACUUCUCAUAUAUGAUCUAGAGAUAAUAAAACUACUAGCACUAGCAGUGGAACUUUUGCGACCCCGUUCACACUUCACAGAAACGCUCUUAUCCUGUUUUUCUGUCACCGCAUGGUCCCUCCCUUCUUCUUUUAAACUUCUCUGUCACUUUUUUCCAAUAUCUCUUUCUCUUCCCACAUCACAAACAACUAACUCGUUGAAUAAUAUCUCCCAGAUAACCCUGCACUUUCUCUUACAUUCUUCUCUCUUUUCUUUCAUUCUGUUAAUUCCCCUGUCUUCUUUACUCUUUGGAUUCAGCACUUGAAUUGAAUUUGACACAGUAGAUAGACCCUUCUCGUGGCGUGAAAUUGGGGAGUCGUGGUAGGUGCCUAACCCUCAGACUCCUGAGUUGUGUGAGUAAAGGAAUAGCAUAAUAGAUAGCCAUAGGAUAUGCUUUAAACAAAUGCUUUUUUGUUUUCUAUGUGUAAGUGUUAAAAUCGAGGUAGAUGGUAGUGGAAAGUGAAUUCUAAGCAAAGCUCUCUGUAACUACUUUUUCUGUUUUUCUUUGCAAGUUACUUCUUAAGGUGAUAGCCCCAGAUCCAGUUCUGUUCAGGCUGAAGGGUUUUUGGGCAGUGGUGUUCAUUCAUGGUGCUGUGUGAGGGAAUAAGGAGGUGGUGCUUUGCCUAAAUUUGUGGAUGGACAUGGACCGGAGGAGUUGGCCAUGGCGCAGGAAGUCGUCUGAGAAAAGUCCCGGUGAAACUGAGAGUUCUGGCUCAAUGUCAUCUCAUUCUGAAAGAUUUUUUGAUGAUCAGGUAUAUCCCACCCAAACUACGCCGCCUCCAGAAGGCAUGUUUGAAGCUGCACCAAAUGAUGAAGAAGCUAAUGAUGUGAAGACUCUAACAGAAAGAUUAUCUGCUGCUCUCUUAAACUCUCGUGCCAAAGAAGACUUGGCAAAGCAGCAUGCUAAAGUUGCGGAAGAAGCUGUCUCAGGCUGGGAGAAGGCUGAAAAUGAAUUAUUGAUUCUUAAACAACAACUCAUCGAUGGAAAACAGCAAAACUCAGUUCUUGAAGACCAAGUUAGUCAUCUUAACGAGGCACUCAAGGAGUGUAUGAGGAAUCUUCGACAAGCUAAAGAAGAACAAGAGCAAAAGAUUCAUGAAGCCUUAACAAAUAACUCUUAUGGCUUGGAAUCCAAAAGACCCGAUCAUGAGUGGAAAGUUGUUGUUGCUGCUAAAGCAGAUGCUGCUGCUUCAUCAGUUCAUUUGGAUCUUCAGCAGAGGCUUGAGGGUAAGGAGAAAGAGAAUGCAAGUCUUAAAAUAGAGCUACAAUCUCGACUAGAGGAAUUAGAGUUCAGGACCAUAGAAAGGAAUUUGAGUACUCAGGCUGCUGAAGCAGCAAGCAAGCAACAUUUGGAGAGUAUAAAGACGGUGGCUAAGCUAGAAGCCGAGUGUCGUAGACUAAAAGCUGUGACUCGCAAAACAUUAUCUGCUAAUGAUCACAGGUCUUUAGCCUCCUCUUCAGUGUAUGUAGAGUCUUUUACUGAUAGCAUGUCAGAUAUUGGAGAGAGGCAAUUGAUAGUUGAAAGUGAUAUGCGGAAAUUAGGAGGUUGGGAUAUGAAUGAAGGUGAGCCAAACCACCAUGACUCAUGGCCAUCAACUUUAAUCAAGGAACUUGAUCAAUUUAAGAAUGAAAACACUGCUGGAAAAAAUAGUAUGGUCUUUUCAACUGAGAUCAAUCUGAUGGAUGAUUUCCUUGAGAUGGAAAGGCUUGUUGCAUUGCCAGAUACUGAAAGUGUAAGCAGUUUUCCUGUGGAAGGUGCUGCAUCUGACCAACUCAAUGUUGGCCCUAGAACAAAGAAUGCUGAAGUGGAAGCUAUUGUUCAAAAGAACGCUGCAUUGGAAAAGAAACUAGAGAAAAUGGAGGCAGAGAAACUCGAGCUAGAGAUGGAUCUAACCGAGUGCCAAAAGCAGCUUGAAGCAUCACUGAGUAGGAUAAAGGAAGUGGAAUUGGAGGUAGUAGAGCUCCAAACUAAGUUAGCUCUUGCAAACAACUCAAACGAAGAAGCAUACGAGAAACUAGAAGCAACUGAAGAAAAGAAAGAGAUAGCUGAGUCAAAACUCAGAGUUGCUCAUACGGAAGCAGAAGAAUUGGUUUCAAAAAUUUGUUCAUUAGAGGAAGAGAUUGAGAAAGAGCGAGCUUUGUCUACUGAGAAUAUGGCCAAGUGUGGAAAGUUGGAGGAUGAGCUCUUGAGAAUAAAGAAUGAAGCUCAACUCCACAAAGACACUUUGAUUCUGCCUGGAGAAGGUGUUAAUAGUGAGUUAAAGCAGGAGAAGGAACUAGCAUUGGCUGCUAGUAAAUUUGCAGAAUGCCGAAAAACCAUCGAAUCUCUUGGACUGCAGUUAAAGUCCCUUGCAACAUUGGAAGACUUUCUACUUGAUUCAGAGAGCCCUAUGGAGUUAACUUGUGAAGUUACACAACCAGGUUUCCAAAAUGGUGGUGAGCAGUUGAAGAAGUUACAUAAUGGUGAUUUGAAUUUGUCCAAAAGAGAUUCUAAGGCAUCAGUUUCACCAUUUGAAAAAACCCAUAAUAGUUUUGGUAGGUUCAACUUCAACCCAAGAAGCAAGAGUGUAAGCAAAACAAGAAGUCACUGAAAAAUAAGGUGAAGAAAAAAAAAAUGAAGUUGUAAAUGUGAUUUAUAAUUAUUCAACGUGUAUAAAUCCAAAGUUACUUGUUUACAUAUCAAUAGCACAUCUUGCAGAACUAAAAUUGUUCACACAUAAAA